AUGAGCUCAGUCGAUGUGCAUCGCUUGGCCCGGGAAGGUAAGUUCGCUGUACCACCCAGGCUAGGCGACGCGUCAUCGUCGUCGUCGUCCUCGCCAAUCGGCGCGGUUCGGUGCGCGAACACCGCUCGGACGGGCUGAUGCUCUUCUUACCUCCCACUCGUAUCUCUCGCCAGGUCAAACGCACCUUUUACGGAAGGCUCUGCAAGAGAACGUGUCGUUGGCAUGGCAAGUCGACUCGGUAAGUUCGCGGGUCGGUCUCGACGGUGCCAGUCUUCCACCUCACUCGCUGAUCCCGACUGUCACCCCACACCCUCAUCGCAAUUUCCCCAUUACAAACCCGACCAGGACUCGCGCACCCCGUUGCAAAACAUCAUCUCCCUCCCCGACGGCUCGUCGUCGUGCCUGUCCGCAAUUCUGGACGUGCUGCCCCACUUGGACGAUCACGACGCUCGAAAAAACCUGCUCGAGAACAGGGACGCGGUGGGGAAUACGGCUUUGAUUAGUGCUUGUAAGCAACAUUCACCGGCGUAAUUGGUCACCUUUGGGGGUGGAAACAGGCACUGAUGUUGGUUACUGGCUCUGCUCAUCGAUCGCAGCCGCGACGGGCAAUCUCGAACUGGUGUCGCUGCUUGUGGGAGCAGGCGCGGAUGUAACAGCUGCGAACGAUAAGGGAGCAACGGCACUGUGAGUUGAUCGAGCUGGGGUGCUGAUCCUGCACUCGAUCGGCGGUUCAAUUGAGGAGGACGUCGACGAGCGACGACCGCUGCCUCAGUGGGAAGAAUGACUGACCACAAGCGAUUCGGUUUCGCAGAUACUACGCUGCAUCGAAAGGACAUGUUUCGGUGCGUUAUGAACGGCCCAACCUUUUUUUUUCAUUUUCGACCGAGAAUCCACCGACGCCACCGUUCACUCGGCUACUCGCAAGCUGACCGUCAUCUACUCCGACAACUCGACUCCACAUCUCGUCAUGAUGGCACCCACAGAUUGGUCGCCUGUUGAUCUCAAAGGGAGCCGACAUCAAUACCCGAGACAAGGCUAACCAGCUUCCACUGUGAGUGUGGCUGUGAUCGACUCGAACGACCCCGUCGACUGAACCCCCCACCCCCACCGCCUGCCCCACAUCUCCCAUCGCCCGACCCCACCUUUCGCAGCCACCGAGCCGCGACGACCUCUGCGCUCCCCUUCAUCCACCUCAUCACCUCUUCGACAUCCCCAACCAAGCCCACAGCACCUCGACUGAACCAAGCCGACCGAGCGGGCAACACCCCUCUACACCUUGCGAUCGAGAGUGGGCAUGCCGAAGCCGCGGUCGCACUCAUCGAAGCCGGAGCCGAUCGGGAUCGAUGUGAUAGUCAAGGCAGGAGAGCGGAAGAGAUUGAGGGCGUGGGAGGUCAAGAAGCCAAGAGGGUUCGCGAUUAUAGUACGUUCUGCGCUGUGUCUACGACGACGUUUGCGAAGAGGGCUGA